UGCGUCACGAGCUUGACGUGCCCUGCGCACCGCCCGCGCGCGCGCGCGUUCCAGAAACAGUUACGUCGUCGCCAGUGACCCGGUCGAUGUUCGGUUUGGGUUUUAAUAAGAGGCUCUCCGGCGCCCCGCCACGCAUAAGCUGGACAAACUUCUGAGAUCAACUUUCUUAGAGUUUACUGCAGCUAUGGCUACUCCUGAUGUCAGUGUUCAUGUGGAGGAGGUGGUUGUCGUGACAACACCUGACACCCCAUCAGAUGGAAAUGCAGUUGAAGAUGUUAAGACCGUUUUGGUAGACUUCAAAUCAACCCAGCCGAGUGGAGGAUUAAGUGACGACAGUAUGGACUCUGUCAACACCCCUGGAACCUAUUCAUCUUCCUCCACAUUGAUCCAGAAAGGUGAUGUUAUUGAGGUAAAAAUUGCUGGAGAGGGAGAUAAUAUAGAGCCAGAAAUAAUUUAUCCUAUAACCUGUGGAGAAAGUAAAGCUAACCUCAUUUGGAAAAAGUUUGUUUGUCCUGGUAUCAACAUAAAAUGUGUUCAGUUUGACAAUCAACUUAUAAGCCCCAAAGAAUUUGUGAAUCUAGCUGGAAAAUCUACAUUGAAAGACUGGAAGAGAGCCAUCCGUUUGAAUGGUGUGAUGCUGAGAAAAAUCAUGGAUUCUGGAGAAUUGGAUUUCUACCAACAUAGUAAAGUGUGUUCCAAUACAUGUCGUAGUACAAAAAUUGAUCUUUCCAGUGCCAGGUCAUCUUUGAGCAGUCAGCAAUCAACAGAGUACAUCUCAGUGACUCCUGCUUUAGCUGAUGUUAAUGGCUCACCUGCCUCAUCUAGAGUUGAGAGCUGUGAAGACAAUUCUGAAGGGAUUUCAACAAUACCAGAUGAUACUUUCACAUUUUGGCGUGGAUUGAAAGAAGCAGGCUUACUGGAAGAAGUCAUACAGGAGCUUCAGCAAGAGGUGCAAAGUACUCUGAAAGGUCUUCAACAAAGAGUGCAUCAGCCUCCUCUUCAAGUUGUUGAUGCAGUCAUUCUUAACAAUAUUGUGCAAAGUUUUGGUCUUCUGGACCUUGUUAAAAAGGUUUUGACAAGCCACAAGAGCCAAAUGGAUCGUUCCCGAGAGCAGUACACACGAGAUUUAGCGACUUUGGAACAACAAUGUGAUGAGCAUCGUAAGCGAGCUAAAGAAUUAAAGAACAAAUCCCAGCAUCUAAACAAUGUUCUCAUGACCUUGACUCCAAUUGCAGCAGCACCGCCUUCCAAGAGGCCUCGCCUUACUAGAGCAACAUCAGGACCAGCAACAGUGGCAGCUCAAAUGGUCACAACAUCACAGUCAGGCCAGCUUACGUUGGCUUCUGGAGUGCCUCUGUCUCAACUCACAAAUAUAGGAAAAAUGGCAACAUUAUCCACUAUUCCAGUCACUGCAGUUGGCAAGGUUUCACCGCACACAGCAACAUUUACUGCGACAGCUUCACCACUGAUUGGAGGGUACAACGUUCUGGCAUCUUCAAGCUCUGGGAUACCCAAUACUGUUGAGAUCCACCCAGAGACAUCGAAUCUAGCAGUCCUGAGCACAGCUGCCAUCCAAGAUGGUAACACUGUGUUGAAAGUCGUCAGCCCAAUCCAGCUGUUCACUACUGUCCCUGGUCUCAAUGCUGCACUCCAUAACAAUACCCAGAUGGCAUCUGUUGGAAGCACACUUAUGGCUGUACCAUCUGCUGAAACCAACACAACAGGAGAAGGACACACCACUAUACAGGUGACAUCAAUAAGUGAAGAACAUGAACAGAAACCAUAGCCUUGAACUCAUGCUUCACAUUAUUAGAAUGUUUUGUUUCAAAGCCCUGUUGCUACUGAAUGUAACUUUUGAGAACUGUACCUGAAUGGUUUCUGCUACACGAUGAUUAAACCUACACAGUGCCACCAAGUGAUGAUAAAACAUUAGAAUGGAAGCAGCAAAAUCAGAGUAUGAGCAAAUGUCUCAACUCUUUUUUUUUCAGACUUUGGCUUAAGUACAAAAAUACAGACAUUUAUCAGAUAUGCUUGAUAGAAUUGUUUAUAAUGUAUUUUACAGAGCUUUUCUGCACUGUAUUUUGUGUGCUUUAAUACCUAAUUACACUCAAAAUGUCUUGAGAUUGCUUUACAAAAUCCAUAAUUGAGUUAGUGGCAGUUUUAUUUUACAAUAGGUGCUUUCAUUGUUUUCUAAUAAUUAUUUUAUUGUGUUGUGCUGUUUGGAUAAUCAUAUGGUUAAUAUGGAGAAUUUGUAAAUAUUCAGCCAAUGUAAUUUGUUUACAACCCGAUAUUGUACAAUUGACAUUGUACUUAGAAUAAUGUUGGUACAUAAUUUACGAUUUUUGUCAUAUAUGAAAAGCUAAUCAGGCAAAUGGGUACGCUAUGAGUAAGCUGACUUUUUAAAAAUGGAUUUAAAUAGCAUCUGUAAAAGAGUUAUCGCAUUUGCGCUUUAUUGGCAGCCACAAUAUAAGGUACCAUUUUUAUUCAUGGUGAAAAUGUGCUUAUUUGAACGUAUGAGUUAUACAAAACAAAAUUGAUUUAAUGUUUCUAUAACAAGUUAUGCUUUACACAAAAUACUUUUUUAUACUACUGUACGUUUAUUAAAAUUAUCAGAUCAAUAC